CGAUGCUAUUGGUUGUCCGAGCACGUUAAGACCGACUCCUCUUCCGUCCUCUGCUGCGCACAUUUUGUCUGAAGUUUGCACAAGUUUCAUCUGCUUGUUUCCUCAUUUAGGUCAACACUUUGUCACAAAGCGGCGUCAUGGAGUCCAGUGCAGAGCUAAAAACAGGCCAGAAGCUGAAUGAAGGGAAGACAAAGCAGAUCUUUGAGCUGGUGGACCAGCCAGGACUGGUUCUGGUCCAGUCCAAAGACCAGAUCACCGCAGGCAAUGCGGUGAGGAAAGAUCAGAUGGAAGGGAAAGCUGCCAUCGCCAAUAAAACCACGAGCUGCGUGUUCAAGCUGCUGCAGGAAGCUGGUAUCAAGACUGCCUUUGUGAAGCAGCAUUCGGACACAGCUUUCAUUGCUGCCCACUGUGAAAUGAUUCCUAUCGAGUGGGUCUGUCGUAGAGUGGCCACUGGGUCGUUCCUCAAGAGGAAUCCAGGAGUCAAGGAGGGCUACCGCUUCUCUCCACUGAAGAUGGAAAUGUUUUUCAAGGAUGAUGCCAACAAUGACCCUCAGUGGUCAGAGGAGCAGCUGCUGGAGGCCAAGUUCUGUCUGGCUGGGCUCACUAUUGGCCAGUGUGAGGUGGACAUCAUGAAUCGCAGCACUGUGGCUAUCUUUGAGAUUCUGGAAAAAUCAUGGGCCACUCUGAACUGCACCUUGGUUGAUAUGAAGAUUGAGUUUGGAGUUAACGUGAAAACUCAAGAGAUUGUUCUUGCUGACGUGAUCGACAAUGACUCAUGGAGACUGUGGCCAGCUGGAGACAGAAGCCAGCAGAAAGAUAAACAGGUUUACAGAGACCUGAAAGAAGUGACCCCUGAGGCCAUGCAGAUGGUGAAGAGGAAUUUUGAGUGGGUCGCUGAAAGGGUCGAGCUGCUGUUGGAGUCUCAGGCCAGUGGCAGGGUGGUGGUUCUGAUGGGUUCGACCUCUGACAUGGCCCACUGUGAAAAAAUCAGGAAGGCCUGUGCCUCAUAUGGGGUCGCCUGCAUCCUCAGAGUCACCUCGGCACACAAAGGUCCAGACGAGACACUGCGCAUCAAAGCACAAUAUGAAGGUGACGGUGUACCCACUGUGUUUGUGGCUGUGGCUGGCAGAAGUAAUGGUCUUGGUCCAGUUAUGUCAGGAAACACAGCCUACCCUGUCAUUAACUGCCCUCCAAUCUCCCCUGACUGGGGUGCGCAAGAUGUCUGGUCAUCUCUUCGCCUUCCUAGUGGUCUGGGGUGCUCCACAAUCCUGUCCCCAGAGGCCAGUGCUCAGUUUGCAGCACAGAUCUUUGGUCUGACUAAUCACCUGGUGUGGUGCAAACUGAGAGCCUCACUGCUCAACACCUGGGUGUCUCUCAAGCUGGCAGACAAGAAGCUACAGGCCUGCACCAUUUGAUAUGGCUCCUUCACUCUGGCUUUUCUACAUAUGCCAUAGCUUUGUUUACUGAGGAAAAGUUAACUGUGGAUGAAAUCCGUGCAAACAUUCUUACACAACAAUCAUUCCAUUUAACGGAAAUAAAAUAAAACUUACUAACACUUAA